GCGACGCAGAGUUCGCCUACGUCCUCGCAGCUGAGUACCGCGAUCGCGUACUUACGCUUUCCUUUCGCGAGAUGCUUCUCUCUGGAUAUGGUCUCGAUAACGCAUCACAACACAAUAAGUCCAACGUUAUGUUACAGUACGAGCAGGUGGAGUAUGGACCUGGCACAUCCCCUGCUUCUAAACGAUAGGUUUUGCUAUCAUACUGAAUACUGGCCAUGGAGAAGAGUUUUGGACGUACUUCAUGGAGGCCGAGUGCUAUAAUCCAAUUGCUCUGAGUCGACAAGCGAUUGCUGAGUGGACUGGAUUAGCGGAGGGUCCUAGUUGCUUGAGAGGAAUUCUGCAAACGUACAGAGCUGGCUUGGUGAACGGUCAAAUCAAUCGUGAGCUUGGGCCGAACAAGCCGGCCAUGCCAGUCAUGACAAUUGGGUCUCCGGAGUUCUUCGGUUAUCUGGUCAAGCCAUAGAUGGAGAUGGCAGCGACAAUUUGGCACAAAGCUACAUUUUCGAAGAGUGCGGUCACAGUUUCGCUUUGGAGGCUGAAGUGAGGUUGGCGGAUGCGUUGUUGGAGUUCUUU